CUAUGACCACUGAUGCAGAAGGGGUUACUACAAAUCCAGGAGCAGAAACUGUCUCAAGCAGCAACGCAGGGGAUUUCACUACAACUGCCACUCUUCCGCCUUCCAUUCACUCUGGGACAGCAGGUCCUUCCAGCACAGAGGGGUUAGUGAAUGGAGUAGUGACAUUAAAUCCUACACUUGAGUCAGAGAAUCAGGUUAGAGAGACCACAGUCGGGGCCACUUUAGACAUCCGCACAGAUGCAGGGACAACAGUAGGCACUACGCUUGCUAGAGGUUCACCAGCUUCUAGCGAAGAAAUACUUACAAGUUCAGAAGACAGUUCAACGACGUCGACCACACCUGUUGCUUCCACGGGCUGUGCCUGUCAGACGCCGGAACCGACAUCCGAUACGGGUGAUAUCCGUCUGCUUUUCGUAGAUGGUGAAACAGGAAACCUCCCUGAUUUGGCUUUUGGUAAAGCAGCGAAUCAAAGUUCGACGUACGGGGACGAUGUUGCUGCUAAUGUUCUGGACGGGGCGGAAAGUACCUGCUCCCGUACCCUGGCAGGUCCUGGGGCGUGGUGGAUGGUGGACCUCGGCACGGAGGCAACCAUUCACAAUGUUAUCGUGUCUGACGCCCAAACAGGCGCUUUUCAGGUGCGGGUGGGUUCGUCGUUCGGCAGUGGUGCCGUGAUAUCGGAAGAAUUUUCUUUCUGUGGUAACUUCCAAGGCACGAAUUCCCUGAAUGGCACCACAGUGACGUGUGUAGGGCCGAUGUGGGGUCGCUACGUGGCUAUUUUACCAGCCAACUCUCAAGACUCGACCUCUGUCAGAUUGUGUGAGGUCAGAGUUCAAGGCCAACCAAUAGUCCAGAACGCGCUUUUCAAGCGCAAAGGACAAGGUGUCCGCUCUGGCGACAUCCUUAAGGUGGCUAACACUAGGAUCCUCUCCGAGUGCGGAGUCCUCUGCUUAAACCACUACGGCUGUGGCUCUUUCAAUGUCAAACCCGUGGGCGCUGGAAUCCGCCUGCUUCAAUGUGAACUAGUGGCGGGAGAAAAGAACACGGAUGAACUGGAAUCGAGUGAACAGAGUGAUUAUUACAUUCUUGUAAACUAGCAAACUAUUCCAAUUUUGUCACACUACGUCGUUAAGUUUUGUGCUUUGACUGUGAUUUUGCGCUUGAGAAUAACGUUGUAAAUGUUUGAGAAUACCUUAACAUCCGUCCAACAAAAUCAUGCGCUUAAUAUUGUGUGAUAGGAUAUUCUUAUUUGUAAAGGUUUAUGGUGCAGGCUAUCUGUUAGAUCUAUACCUUGCAUUUAAACGGAUAAAGGCAUGCAUUAUUCAAGCUCAAUAAUAUUUUUUUCUUCAGAUACAAUGUACAUCUGUGAGUUUAUUUAAGAAAAAAGAGAAAUGUUUCAAGUGUCAACCAUUAACUAUCUGCAAGAAAAGAAGGGGUUUAUUUGCCUGUGAUAAGAUAAGAGCCCGUGUUGUCACCAAGCAUUUAACAUACAGAACAUCCUUCUUGAAAUCAAUAUACUUAUACGAGUCGAUAAUACUUAGGAUUUGGUCGAAGACGAAGUAGAUAAUUGUGGUAUUUGCCAGAAAAGAUAUUGAAAUUAAGAAUUAGUAUUGCCCUCCAU